AUGUGUAAGAAGGUGAAACUGACUCACUUGAUCUUUGCUGAUGACUUGAUGAUAUUCUGUAAAGGUAAUUUGGCUUCUGUAAACAGAGUAAUUGAAGCACUAUCACACUUUAGUGCAACAACAGGUUUGGAAGCCAACAUGGAAAAGUCAAGUGUCUUUUUAGCUGGGAUUGAUGAUGAUACAAGAAAUCAGAUCAUUAAAAGGACAAGGUUUGCGGUUGGAGAAUUCUCUAUCAAAUACCUUGAUUUGCCACUUUUACCAAAGAAAUGGAGAAAAACUGAUUGUUGGUCCUUGAUUGAUAAGAUUACUCAGACGAUAAAGGGCAAAUACAACCUGACUCAAAGUGGGAAAUAUUCUAUUACAAGAAGCUAUCAGGCAUUAUUAGGACAUAGGCCACACAUGAAAAUUGUUGAUUUGAUUUGGACUGUUGUGGCUCUACCUAAGCAUAGAUUUAUGGUGUGGUUGGAAGUGCAAGGUCGACUACUCACUCAGGAGAAGAAAUUGAGAUUGCAUAUUCCAGUUGAGGAUAAUGACUGUUGCCUGUGUGAUGAGCAGACUAUGGAGACCACAAUGCAUUUAUUUGAAAAAUGCAGUUGGACAAAAAGUGUAUGGCAAGAGUUGAUGAAGUGGGUAGGUAUUACAUUGACAAAUAAUGAAAUCAAGCAGGAGGCCUAA